AAGCGCCCCUCCGCGCUCGGGGGAAGGAGGCGGCUGCCGGGGGGCGUCGGGCUUUGGGGCGGCUCCGGGGAGCGCCAUGGCCAAGCAGUACGACGCGGCCGAGUGCCCCUACUGCGACGAGGUCUCCAAGUACGAGAAGCUGGCCAAGAUCGGGCAGGGCACCUUCGGGGAAGUCUUCAAAGCCAAACAUCGGCAGACGGGCAAGAAGGUGGCGCUGAAGAAAGUGCUGAUGGAGAAUGAAAAAGAGGGGUUUCCAAUCACGGCUUUACGGGAGAUUAAAAUCCUGCAGCUGCUGAAACACGAAAAUGUCGUCAACCUCAUUGAAAUUUGCCGGACGAAAGGUAAUUUUCUCCAAUCUUGCUAGGGCUUAAUUUUAUCUGCCGACAUAAUUAAAAGAGUCCAGUGUCUGUUGAACAGAGGGUUCGCAAGGGAA